UUUCCGUUUCCCCUCAGUAAUGGCGGCGGUUGCUGUAGGUGUUUAGAUGUGGCCGCUGCUGCUGGUGUAGCCUGUAUCUGUGUAAAGUCGUUGGGGACGGUCAGUUUCAGACAUGCUGUGUCGGACUGUGAGAUAUUCGUGUAGGAGAGAAGCGCCUGAAUGUGAGGAGGAGCUGCUGGAGGGCGGAAAUCGCUGCGCUAGCCGCUUAUGUUGUUAUUAUUAUUAUUAUUAGCUAACCGCUAACCCCUAAAAUAAGCUAAGCUAACGCUAAAGCUAGGUUAAAUAACGAUAGCUAGCUAGUUUAGCUAACUAGCUAAAACCCGCAGCGGCUUUUAUUGAAGGGUUUGAAGCUUGGUUUUCUCUGUAGCUGCAGUUGUUGAGCAGUUCAGAGCGGGGUUUAUUGUGUACAAGGGUUUAUUCUGAACUGCUGCAGGAGUCUAGCUAAGCUAAGUUAAGCUAACUAAGCUACAGCUGCAGUUUUUGGCAGGCUGUGGCUGCAGCUGUCACUCGGCCGUCAGCGCAGGUGUCAGUAGUGGGAGCGCAGCCGCCGCUGUUAGUGAGAGAUGCCGGGGUUUGAAUCGGAUAAGGAGGAAUCUGACCGACUGAUAGAGAAAGCUAAGCUAUGCCUGCGGUCGGGGCGCAAGGAGAAGGCUCUGCAGAUGCUGUACGAAGCCCAGAAGAUCUACCCCAGCGCCCGAGCCAGAGUCCUCAUUGAUGCUAUUGUGAAGAAUGGGAGUGCGGCGGCUCCUGAAACAGAGCGCACUUACACACCACCACCCGGCUGGGGGAACACAGAUGAGGAUGGUCCUAGUCAGCGGCAUCAUCAGCGUCCGAGUGAGCGUCCGAGUGCGAUGGAGUACAGCGAGGGGCAUAGCGAUGACAAAAAGAGCUACACUGAAGAGCAGAGACAAGGAGUCCUCAGGAUAAAGAGAUGUAAGGACUUCUAUGAGAUUCUGGGAGUCCCAAAAGAUGCAAAUGAUGAGGACCUGAAGAAGGCCUACCGAAAACUUGCCCUACGCUUUCAUCCAGACAAAAACUGUGCUCCUGGUGCUACUGAUGCUUUUAAAGCUAUUGGUAAUGCCUAUGCUGUGCUGAGUAACCCAGAGAAGAGGGAACAGUAUGAUCGGUACGGAGAACAGGGUGCCGCAGAGCCAGCAGGCCAGUCUUCAGCACAGCCACGCUACGCACAUGGACACCAUCGCACGUUCCACAGGGACUUUGAGGCUGAUAUCUCCCCAGAGGAGCUCUUCAAUAUCUUCUUUGGGGGCAGGUUCCCAACAGGCAACAUCCAUGUGUACACCAACAGAGGAGCCUCAUAUGCCCAUGUGUACCAGCCACGCAGGCGUCGUGGGUUUGAGAGACGAGAAGAGGAGCCUGAAGAGAAUCGCAGCCAGAACACAUUCACAGCCUUACUGCAGCUUCUCCCUGUGCUGGUGCUCAUCCUUAUCUCUGUGGUAACCCAGCUUAUGGCAACCACCCCUGCAUACAGCCUCUUCUACAAACCGUCCAUGGGAUUGGUGGUAAGCAGGGAGACCCAGCAUAUGGGUGUACCCUACUAUGUGGAUAAAAGCUUUGAGAAGGAGUACCGUGGGUCAGCUCGUGUCGAGCUGGAAAAGACGAUUGAGAGUGACUACAUAGAUCAUUUACAGAGCAGCUGCUGGAAAGAAAAACAACAGAAGUCGGACUUGGCAAACCUGGGCCAGCUUUAUCGGGAUGAGCGUCUGAAGCAGAAGGCCGAAACCAUGAAGCUGGACCACUGCGAGAAGCUGCACCGCUUCAUAGGCCGGCAGAGAGGCGAAUAAGGGAUGCUUCUCUCCCAGCAUGGUCUCCCCAAGAAGAUAUCUUACAGAUUGAUUUCAGUUCACCUGUGCAGGUCACUUUGUUGGGAGGGAGAGAUGAUGGGCGAGAGAGGAGCGGUCUAAGCUGAGCUGUGUUUAGUUGGGUGGGAGGAGCAUGGUGCCUUUUGCCCUGCUGCCUGGGGAAAAAGGCUGCUAGCAUGCUGAAUUGCACUGGAACUGCUGGGAGCGAAAAAUUCAAUCCACCCUCUGCGACAGUGAAGCCUCAUUGCAGAGGGUGCGUUUGUUUGUGUGUGUGUGUAUGUGCGUGCGUGUGUGUAUGUGUGCGUGCCAGAGCUGGGUUUUAUUUCCUUACAUUAAGGAACUCAGGCUCCAGGCAUGCUGACAGGGUUGAUGCUAGAGAUCUCUAUGUAUACACUCCCAGUUUAUUGAAGCCUGUUGGAGUUUUAUUAGUAUUAUUUACUAUUUAAUUGACUUAAAAUAUUAACCUAAGCAAAUUAAUUUAUUUUCUUUUGAUGAUGUAGAAUUAGUGUUAAGUAUUAAAUGACAAUGAAGAGCCAUCAGUUAAAGAUUGAGAUUUCUUUUUCUCUUAUUUUGACUUUCCUUUAAUAUUGGCUAAGCAACAGCUAGAUAGUUACAAAAGGCAUGACCAUAAGUCAUUGCUGCUUUCUAAAAGCUCAGAAGAGUGUAACAUUUAAUUUCACAGUUUGUUUACACCAUUAAAUGAUGUAUUAAUUAAAAGUUAAGAAUGCCCUGAAUGCCUGGCAUUACAAGGCAUUAACCCACUCUCUAAAACCAAACCACUCUUGUGAGUCUUGUGUUGUGGAGAGAAUAUGGAGAGAAACACUGUUUUUUUUUUUUUUUGUUCUUCUGCGCUCUAAAAUCUUGCCAAAAGCUAUUACCUCAGUUAUAUUUGUUUCAUAGAUUCAUUCACACAUUUUACUCGUACCUAAUUCCACAUUUGUUGUGUUGCAUGCAGCCCAGUGGGAGAUUUCCUUUGCUUUGUGUUAUACACAGCGCAGCUAGGUUAGACUUAUUUUAGAGCUCAUGCUAAUCUAAUAGUCUACGCACAAAGGAAUCAACUGUAACCUUUCAGUUGUAGAACUGGUCAAAUUAUGUACCUUAUCAGUCAACAAACAGUAAGUUCAGAAUGUGAUUAGCCUUUUUAAUACAGCUCAACUUCAGAGGCUCAAGGGCCAUGCUAAAUUCAUAAUAACUAAUGGGUGUAAUGGGGAGAAAGGGGUUUGGAAUGGAAGGGGGCGAUUUAAAAAAAAAAUAAAGACAAUAAUAAGAUGUAAGUAUAAGUAAUAAUGAUACUAUAUGUGAGCUGUUGCACCAUGUUACCCUGUUGCCACUCUAUAGCCAAACAUGUUUGGUUAGUUGGUGCUGAGGGACAUUUUGUGCUGGUUUAAUAAAACACUAAGAAUUA